GUUGUUUGUGAUGAAAUCUUAUUCAAAUCGAUCGAUAAAUAAAUAAGGAACCAUCUGUUUAGUUCAAAUAGUAUUAAUAUUAUUCUUAUUAUCAGUAGUAGUAGGAGUAGUAGUUGUAGUAGACGUAAUCAGUAGCAGUAGUAGUAAUAGUCUUCUUUGGGGAAUUAGUGUCAAAUUAAAUCAUUACACAAUCAGAGGAAUGCCUGAUGAAACAGAUGAAGUAAACAAGGAGACAACAGAGAAUAAUAAAACUGGCGAAACCACAACAACAACAACAACAACCACAGAAACCAAUGUGAAUUCCGAGAAAGAAGAAAUUAAAACGUAUAAAUGUAUUACUCUUAGUGCAUUUGGUGGUUCAAAACAUAUACGAUUGGAUACAAAUGAAGUGAAACCGAUUGGAAACAAUGAAAUAGCUAUUGAUGUACAAGCAUGUGGCAUUAAUUUUCUUGACAUCAUGACAAGACAAGGUUUAAUUGAUCAAACAAUGAAACCUCCAUUUAUUUUGGGCUCUGAAUGUACUGGAAUUAUUAGUGAAAUUGGUGAAAAAGUUACCACAUAUAAGUCAUCAAAAUCAGACCAAUGCAUCACUUAUUUGAAUGAUGAAUCAAAUCCACCGAACAAUGCCAAUUUCCUUCCACAUUGUAGUCAAUCCUCCUCCUCCUCAUCCUCAUCAUCGAUUACAGGAAUUCUUAAAUUUCAUCUUUCUCCUAAUCAAACUAUUGAAUUGUUAAUUUGUGCAAAUAAAUCCGCUGUGAAACAAUGUAUUUCAGCAUCAUUGGUGGAUCCUACUCAUACACUGAUUGAUAAUAAUGAUCAUCAUCAUAACACCAACACCACCACAGUAUUAUUUAAUCGAAUGAAUAAUGGUCAUGUAAAAGAAUAUUUGACCGAAUUGAAUACUAUGCCUUCAUCAUUACCGGUCAAUUGUUCGUCUUUAUCCUCGUCAUCCUCGUCAUCAGCAUCCUCAUCCUCAUCAUCAUCAUCAGCGUUGUCUUAUCGAUCUACAAAUUCCAUGUUAAUUUCCACAUCCUCUUCUACAUUAUCUUCAAUGAAUUCUGGUAAAGAGAAUCAAAAAAGCUAUACGAAUUUAACAACUAUUUAUCCAAAAGAUUAUAUUUUUCAUACACAUGAUAUCAAUCUAUUGCAAUCCAAUACAAUGGAAUAUAAUGAUCGUAGUCAAGAUGAAUUACAAGCUGCACGAACUAUUUUAUCAUUGGCUCAUGGUAGUAAUACUGAUGAUAUGGUUUUGAAUAUGGGACAAAUAAUGAUGGAAUUAGAUGAGAAUACAUCAAAAGUGAAUAAUUUAUGUGGAAUAAGAAAUACACCUUAUACUAAUACUACUACUACUACUACUACUACUAGUAGUAGUAGUAGUACUCUUACUGAUAUGAACAACACUAUGAUGGGAUUGAAAAGUCAAAGUGAUGAAUUGUGUGAAAAUUCUCGUUGGUUAUCAUCUAAACGAGAAGAUGAAAACACUAUUGAAAAAUCAUUGCCACCUAGUGUAUCAUCAUCAUCCUCCUCAUCAUCAGCAUCCACAUCCACAUCGAUGGAAGGACAUUCAGUUGAAUCAUCAACAUCAUCAUCGUCAUCAAUCAGUAAUGUAAAUGCAUCAUACUCAAAUAGUAUGAUGAUUAUGCAAGAUAAGAUUUUGAAUGAUAUGAAAAAUAAUGUUUCAAGUGAUAACAACAUAAUCACUACUACUACUACUACCACCACUACUACCACAAACACUAGUACAAUACCACUCCUUAAUCGUCCUACAGACAAUUUAGUUGCUAUUCAACCUACCAAGUUAACAACAACUCAUCAUUGUACUACUACUACUGCCACCACAGAUAUUGUCUGGAAUCCAAUUUCCAGUUCACAGAAUAAUAGCAUUAAUAGUAACAAUAAUAAUAACAAUAAUAAUAAUACUAAUAAUAGUAAUAAUAAUAAUAAUAAUGUACUACAGAGAAAAAUUCGUCCACCUCCUAAAAAACGACUUUCAACUAACUACACUCGAUCAAAUUCAUCACGUUCACUUACAGACAAUGCAAAUUCGACAACAAAACUGGACAACAAUACUAAUCAAAUGAAGACUUCAUCUCCUUCAACAUCAAUUGGCUGUGAACAAUUAACUGUUCCGCAACCUGUCAAACAAAUUAUCAAUAAUCUAUCAUCCAAUUGUUCAUCCAAUUCAACAGAACAAAUUGAUACAUUAUUACCUAGUUUCCCUACUACUUCCGGAAUUGGAUUACUUCCAACUCCUAUACAAUUUACUAAUGUUGUUUAUGGUAAUCCAAGUUUUAUUUCAUCACAGCCUACAACACCAUUAACUUCGUAUCUAUCUAACACAGAUUCAAUUUCACAUCAAUCGAAUCCAAUGAAUGGAUUUACAAUGGUUUUUCCUUCACCUAGACCUAUUACACCUACACCUACACCUACACCACCUACACUUACACCAUCCACAUUGCAUGGAUCACAACCAUCGCCUAGUUUUUUCAUAUUACCUCAAUUAAUGGUUUUACCGAGAUUUAUUGGUUCUUAUAUACCAAUGAUCACUGCACCAGAACCAUAUCCAUCAAUAAUAAAUCCUAUUUCUUCAAGUAGUAAUCAUUUGUCAGAAACACGUUCAUCAUCUACUACUACUACUUUUAUGACAAGUUCCCUAGUAACACCUAUACCUACAAUACAACCGGAAUACUCGACAAAUCAUCCAUCCUCCUCAUCAUCCUUAUCAUCAUCAGUUAAAACAAUUAUUCUGCAACCACCAUCAUCAAUGCCUAUAUUUAACACGGAUAUAAACACUACCAUUGGUCAAUUAUCAGAUGAUCAUCAAUUGAAGUCAAUUAAUAGUAGUAAUAAUAAUACUAAUACACAUGAUGAUUUGAAAGAGACAAAUGGAUCUGAUUCGAAUUCACUGUUAACACAUCAAUCUGAUACAGCAUUGAAUCCAAUCAAAGAUAAACUAUUACUACCACCAAUAGGAAUUUCUGCCGCAAUUAGUCCAAAUUAUUCUAAAAAAUAUGAUAAUGCUAAAUGUGUAUGGAGUAAUAGUAUUGGAUUUAAUACAACAAAACCAAUUCCAAUAAGACCUGUACCUGAAGUUUCUAGAAUAAAAUCAAACAAUUCAUUAUCAACAACUGUACAAAGCAAAUCCAUGCAAGAUCAUCAUACUGGUCAUACUGGUGUUGGUAUAGGAGGAGGACAAAUGAAUUCCGAUCAAAGAAUGUUACCAAUACUAGUUUCUAGUCAUGAGUUAACAACAACAAAUAAUUUGACAAAAUUAACUCCUACUACUACUACUACUGCAUGCCUUGUCAGCAGUAGUACUAGUACAAUUACCAGCAAUAAUAUCAAUUACAGUCAUUGUUCUUCGUCUACGCCUACUUCGACUUCCACUUCAUCAUCAUCAUCAUCACUAUCUGGUCAUUUUGUUUCACCGAAUAAAAAUGUCAACAAUGAAAUAAUGCCAAUUGAUACUAAACAAUCUCAACAAUCAAUUCAUCAAAAUAAACUUGUCACUAUUUUACCAGCCAAUACUAAUCAUCAUCAUCAUCAGCAUCCUCAUGAUCAUCAAGAUCAAGAUCAUCCAUUAGAAAAGAUAAAAUGUCAAUCUCGAUCAAUCUCCAAUAUGCAUCAUCAGCAUAAAAAACGAAUCAAUUUUAUUACCAUGCAUAAUAAUCAUUAUCAUCAUAAAAAGAAAUAUUUAACUAAUCUGCUGAAUUCACAACGAUCUACCAUUUCAACACGUGGAAAAUAUCGUUGUCAAGAUAAUAAUAAUGUAUUGCAUACUAGUAAAUCUUAUCAGCAUCAACAUCAUCAGCAUCAGCAUCAUUUGAAAAAGCAUUGGCAUACACAUUCAACUACUACUAAUCGAUUGUAUAUUUGUCAGAAUUGUGAUGUUUCAUUUAAAACACGCGGUAAUUUAAACAAACACAUGAAAUCACGUUGUCAUCAUGAUAGAUUUUUACAAGAUUCAGGAGUUAAUCAAGUUUCUCUAUCAAGUGAUAAUAGUUCUUUUAAUCCUGUAAUUAAUCAAGAAUUUGAGCAUCAAUCUAAUGAUGUAGUAGUACCCCAUAAUUUAACGAUCGAUAAUAAUAAUAACAGUAAUAAUAAUAAUAAAAGUACAUUUAAAGACCGUCAACCUUAUUCUAAAUCAUCGACUAUUUCAUCAACAUCAUCUUUAUCAUGUAAAACUAGAAAAUCUACCGGCGCAAUCAACAAUCGUACCAUUUCUUCUGGUGGUGGUGGUGGUGGUAAUAAACGAAAUCAAGUCAAAUCUUCAAUGUGUACUAAUUUGCCUGGAAUCAUUCCUCGAUCAACAUCAACAUCAUCAAUAUCAACAUCGUCAUCAUCUUCAGUAGCAGCAGCAGCAACAACAACAACAUCACCAUCUUCAUCAUCAUCAUCAUUAUCCGGGACUAUGUCAUUAAAAUUUUGCACUACGCAGUCGAAUAACACAUGCACACAUACAAUGGAUUCAUGCAGUCGUAUUCCAGCUCCUAAUGUGAAUGCAGUUAAUUUAUCACAGGAUUUACCAAUGAAUUUAAGUGCUAAACCACAAGAACCAAUUGCUUUAAUUCGAUAUAUUGUUGAACCAACAAUUUAUACUAAAAUGAAUGGAAUUCAAUCGAAUCAUCAUUCUGAUCCGAUGAUGAUGAUGAUAGGCGGCGAUCAUCAACCGAAUGCAAACAAUUUUGUCUCAUCAACUGAAGUAAUUGUUCAGACGGCAGUUGAAGCAGCUCGUCAUCUAGCUAUAGAUAAUUCCAAUUUAAAACAGACAGAUGAUAAAUGUAGUCAUCAUUCUGCAUCAGAUUCAAAAAUUUUUGAACGAAUAAUAUCCACUGCCGGAAAUUUAUCCGAUCAUGUACAACAACAACUAAUAACAACAACAACAACUGAUACUCAAACUGCUAAUUUCAAUAUAUCCAAUUCCGAAGAAAUACAAUAUUCUUCUUCUAAAGAAUUAUUAUCCACUUCUACUCCAUCAUGUUGUCAUCAAGAAAAUAAUGGAAAUGAUGAGAAUAAAUCAAAUUCAUUGCUUUCUAGUGGUGGCAGUGGUGGUGAUGGUAGUUUUACCACUUGUACAGAAGAAGAUGAUUAUUCGUCAUCAUCAGAAAAUGUAAACAAUGACAACAUGAAACAGAACAAUUGCAAAUCAUUACAUAAUUCCAUGAAUAUUAGUAAUAAUAAUAAUAUUUCAAAGAAAUCCGAAUCAGAUAAUACUACUACUACUACUACUACUACUACAACACAAUCAAAUCAUCAUAGUAUUGUUAAUAAAUCACAUACUUAUGUGAAUAAAGAUCCACGUCCUUAUAAAUGUAAUAUGUGUCAUGUAGGUUUUCGUGUUAGUGGACAUUUAUGUAAACAUUAUCGUUCUAAAUCACAUAUGUCAAAUAUUUUACAAAUGGCUCAAUUAUCAACUAGUACAAUUGAACGUAUUUUACAAAGUCAUAUGAAUAAUCUUCAACUGAUUAAUCCAGAUACUGGUGAAUUGAGUAUGCGUAUAUUGGAAAAGCUAAUUCCACCAUGUGAAUUGUCAACAGUAUCAUCGAUUAUUGAUUCUGGAACGAAUAAUGGACGACAUAGUUAAUUAAGAACAGAAAAAGGGAGGAGGAAAAUUUGCUAAAAAGCAAAAAAAAGCAAACAUUUUAUCUGUGCUAUUUUAACACCAAAUUGUGUGUGUGAUUACGGUUAAAAUGAUGAAAAGAAGAUAAAAAAACGAGUUCGUUUUUUGUACAUAUGAUCAAAAAAAAUUUUUUUUUUCAAAAUA